ACCUCAGCAUAUCUCUAAACAAGCAGUCGAUUGGAUUUUUUAUUCUAAAUUAAACAUGGGUGUUAAACUACCAACAGUAAAUAAAUUUUUAUUCUGUUUCGAACUUGAAUUAGGAGGUUUAGUUAUUGGAUGGAUAGAAGCAAUUUUCUCAGCGAUUUUCCUGAUACUUUUUGGUAUCCUCUUAAUCUUAUCAAUUAUUACAUUUAGCGCUCCGCUAGUUGCCAUAUAUUUAAUUUAUGUGAUUUACUUCGCAAUCUUACUUUAUGCUUCUGUUAUGUUGAUCAAAGGAGCACAAAAUAAAAAUCAUGCUCAGAUGAUACCUUUCCUGGUGUUAAUGGCUAUUGGUGUCGUCAUUGCAUUCCUUCAAAUUUUUACCGAUUUAUAUUUAGUUUUCGUAGCAAUUUUAUAUGCUGUCAUAAUGGUUUAUUUCUUCAUUUGCAUCUAUUCUCUCUAUGAUAAAUUUAAGGUUUAAAGUGCUUGACAAUUACGCACAAAACAUUUUGUUAAAUUUAUAAGAAUGAAUCAACGAGUAAGUCCCUGAAAAUUCAAUAAGAAAAAAGAAAUAAAUUCGACUUUUCUGGGAAAAAUAUUAUCAAUUUCACCAAUUUUAUUGAUAAGAUAAAAUGCUACACACAUGUAAAGGCAAUAAAUACAAAACUUUGGAAGUUUCAUCAAAAUUCAACACUCAAUUGAAUUCAGACUGUCAUGUGAUUAAGACUUAUUUUGCAGUUUUACUGAAAAGACGAGAAAUUAUUAAAAAUAUAAAUCAUGGGAUGCAAAAUCCCAGAAUUUGAUCAUUUUUUAUGUUGCUUUGAGCUUGAAACUGGUGGAGUUGUGAUUGGAUGGAUGAGUAUUAUCAUGUCAAGUAUAGGAAUUCUAAUGAUGGGAGCUUCUCUUAUCUUUGGGAUCUAUCAAUUAGAUAGCACAACGAACAGAGAUGAUCAUAUUAUCAAACCACCAACAAAUGUCAUCAUCAUCAGCAGUGUUUAUGUACUUUACUGUUUAUUCGUCUUAUAUUCUUCAAUUCAACUUGUUCGAAGCACAAAAAAACAAAACUACAAAGAGAUGAAGUUGUUUGUCAACCUUAUGAGCCUUGGAAUUGUUUUGUUAAUCUUGCAAAUGUUUUUCAUUGAACGUAACAGACUUCUCGUUGCAGUUCCUUGUGUUAUCAUCAUGUGUUAUUUUCUCAUUUGCGUUAGUUCUCUUUAUAAAAAUUGUAAAAUGAUAGUUUUAACAGCAGGCUUUAAAUUAAAAGCUCCAAUUUAAGACAAACAUCUCGGCGACAAAUUGUUCAGAAAAAUUUCUUGUAUUUAUUUAUAUUUGUUCAUUAUUUACACUUUCAUUUCCUUUCUAUCUAAAUAUUCAAAAUAUUUAAAUGAAAUUAUCUACUUUCAGUUGACAUUUUUAAGAAUGAAUAAGAGAUGGACGGAUUUUGAUGAUGAGAAAAUUGAUUUCCAAUGUCCAUUUCACUUAAAAUCGUAAAUAUUUAUUUACAAGUUUUGAAAAAAAUAAUUUUAUUGAAAUGUUGGCUAACAUUCUUCUUUUGAUAAUUAUAAUGGAUUAUUUACAAUUUUUUCGUGAAAUACAAAACAAAAAAUUAAGAUAGUUACGGCUAGAUAUUUAAGUAAUAAAUUUUACUUUCCACUAAUCUUUUAGGUUUUCUUUAAUUUUAUCAUAAAAACUCACGAAUUUGAAAUUUCUUAACUUAAAAUUUUAUGAACAUUUUACAUGAACUUUUCGUUAUUUUCUUCUGGCAAUUUGUUGGUUAAACAUUCAUAACUUCAAUAAAUAAUUAAAAAGAUUCCGCUUAAGCUUACUUAAGUCUUAUUUAAAUUGACAUUAUAAUCGUCUUUUUCAGUUUUCAUCAUCAUUAAAACGAUCGAGUAUUUAGUUUAAUGAGAUUGUUAAGUGAAUUAACUGACGGCUAGGGUUGUGGCACAUAUUUUUGAUAAUUUUGCUGCGUUGAUGAUGUCACAUUUUGCAGUGGAACUGAUGACACACAAGACGCCACUGAUUCUUCUUUCACAACCGAUUGUAAUGACACUAA